AUGAUUCGGCGUCGCCUACCGUGGUGGCCAGCCCGGUGUCGAGCCGCGGACACGGAGGGGACGCUUCACCUGGGAGAGCCGCACGAGAACAUGGAACGCCUGGCAUGCGCGCGCCGUGAUGUGAUGCGCUGCGCUGCGCUGCGAUGCGAUGCGACGCGGUGCAGUGCGGUGCGAUGUGAUGCGCCCCAACCAACGCCUGGCGCCACGAGCUUCGCGCGGGUGGCGGCGGGCUGGCGUCUUCAACAAAUUGCGCCAUCUAGCGCUCCCGCGUCAACAAUAAUUCCUGGCGCAGGAGGACAAACAAAACACGUCAAGCACCGGCAACCGCAGCAGCAUCGCAAACAGCCAUCGAAGCGCAGGGUAAUCAAGGCGACAACUCAGAAUAGCAGCCCGCUGGUCUCUCGUCACUCACACACCCCACCAACGCGCGGGCGAGACGGGACCGUCCGCGAACGGGUCCCCAAGGUCCCCAAGGGGGUGGCCACUCCACCACACCACACCAAACACCAGCCAUCCGGCCGUCCUCCAUUCCAUUGUCCGCCUCGCCUUCUCCUUCUCCCGAGCAUCUGCUGCGCCUCGCGAUCCCGACCCCCGGCUUCGACCCCGGCCCCGACGCCGAUUGCGAGCGCCUCGGCGACGGCAAGUUUGAGACCCCGGCGAGCCAAACAUGCUUGCGACGACCCGGCACGACGGGUGCGCUGUGCCCGACGACACUGGUGCGGCGACGGCGACGGAGAAGACGAGCACGAUGGCAGAAGCAACGGCCACGAAUGGCAGUGGCAGCGCCCCGGCGGACGAGGCGCAAAAGACGGCGCCGCCGCUCGCCGCCGUCGCGAGCUCCAACGGCGGCGACGGCGGCAGCUCUGUCGACGACGAAGACGAGACCGGGUGCGUACAUUUUUUUCUCGUUCCACCUCUUACCUACCUACCCACCUACCUACCUACCUGUGUGGUGCUGUGCUACUACUCUACUCCAUCCCCUUUUGUUCGCGGGGGUUUGUUUUAUACUUUGCGGCGCGGCGGCGACGGCGGCCGUGCGGGCUUGCUAGCCGUUGGUGUCCGUUCCUGGCCCAAGCGCCGUCACCAACCACCGGGGUUCCGGCUCUUGGAUGUUGUUUGCGGCGACGAGGUCACUACCACCUCCUCCACCGGCCUUGGUUCUACUCGUACAGUCACCGAGCGCGCCUACGUUUCUGCCCGUCCGCUCUCUUGGCGAACACCCACCCUUGUCUUGCGAUGAAGUCGUCGCUUGGCGACCCGUCUUUCGUCCGGCCGUAUGCCUCCCAAGGCAGGGUGGUAGGCAGAACAAGGAAAGCCCACCAACCCCUCGGGCCAGGCCAGGCUCCCAAGCGGGGCUGCGACGACAUCAUGGACAGACGGUUGGACAUGCGGCUGGCAGAGAGGCGUGAUCAAGACCAGACGCGCCGGGCCGUUCAAGCGAUCGGCUCGGUCAGCGGCCACCAUCAGCCCCCCUGCUGGCUGGCUUAG